GUCAACAACAAGCCACCGAAAUUCUUCUAAGUCUUUUUCUUCAGUCCUCCGGUACAUCUACAUCUUCAAUGGCUUCAUCCAACAUUAUCAGCUGCACAGACAAUGUACUUCUCCAGGACAACAUUGUCGUCAUGGAUGUCGAGAACCUCCUUGCUGGGUGGCCGACCUAUGAAAUAAAUUUCACGCCUCAAAAUCCAGGACCCGUCAAACUCAUCAUUUGGCUCAAGGAUGCUGUCAAACUUGUUCAUGUUGAAGACUCGACGGAUAGCGAGGCCGAGCUGUUACUUCCUGGCAAUUCAAAAGGACGAAAGAGGACCUACUCCGAUCGCAAGAAUAAGAAACUCAAGACCAACUCAAACCUUGGUGUGAACAAGAUUGCGGAAGGUCUUGCAGCCCUCAAAAUAACAUCUGCAUGUUCUAGUAACCCAGCCCAAGCAAAGCCUGUACGAUUAGUAGGAAUCCCAAAAGCUCCUGUCAACGUGCCCUUGAGACGACGCAGGUUCUGUGAUGACUUGGACGCGCCUUGGCCACCUAACCGCCACCGCACUCUCAGAGACAUCAAGAACAACGAAGAAAUCUCCAACUUUGAGAUGUUCAGAGCAUUGCCUGGUGCUGUUGCCGCCGAAGAACCCAGCACAUUGUAGAGCAUGUUUCUCUUUAUACUCUCUUUGCAGUUAUUGUACCUGUCUCAUUGCAGCUCUCAUAAACGUCUCUUUGCAGUUCUCGCACCCAUCUCAUCGCAGUCCUUAUAACUGUCUCAAUGCAGUUCUUGUAACUGUCUCAUUACCAGUGUAUUUUUCGCGUUUGUCUCAUUGCAUUGUUCGCACCUGUCUUAUUGCACUUUUUAUGUCUUGCUGGACCUUGCUCGCAUUCUGAACCGUGUACUGUACUGUAAUUGCUGGUGUCAUGCGCUAAUACAAAUAUGUUCAACA